UCGUCAUCUCAUGCACUGUCUGAUUGAGGAUCCAACUCCGAGGCCUUAAAAUGCCUUUAUUUUAACAUUUAUGACCAAAUGAUAUCCUGAGUGAUUACAGAUGAGACGACAAUUCACUUUGUCCAGAACAUGGUUGUGGUUUGAGUAUUUAUACGUGCUCUUUCAGGUUACAUGUCUGAUUAAAUAUUCAAGCAGCCAAAGUCUUCACGAUUCAAGAGCAGUGCCUCGGCCGGUGCUUCCCGGUAGUAGCGACAUCACCUCUACCCCUGCUGGCUCUGUCGCGGAAGCAGACUCGAGUUGCUCUUCUUUUUCCAGUCCGUGGAAUCAUUUAGUGAGAAAACGGACCAUGGCAGAGGAAACUAAUGAAUGUUCUUCGCCACCUUCUACUGAAAAUGCAUUAGUACUGUAUAGUCCACCGAUUCUUGAGAGAUUUCAUCGGUCUGAAAGGACAUUUCAUCUAGCUAACAGGAAUUUCUCAAUCAAACAGAAUUGGGCAGAUUUUGGAGUAGCUGCUGUGGUCUGGGAUGCGGCAAUAGUUCUUUGUGAAUACUUGGAAGUUGAAACAAAACUGAAACGAUUGUCACUAGAAGGAAAGCGAGUAAUAGAGCUAGGAGCAGGGACAGGCCUAGUGGGCAUGGUUGCUUCACAUUUGAAAGGUCGCGUCACGAUAACAGAUAGAGCUUCCAUUUUCAAACCUCUCAGGAAAAAUAUUUUGCUCAACUUCCCAACAUCGUCAUCAUCAUCAUCACUACCAGCUUCAUCUUCGACUACUGAUUCCCCUGUAUCCUCAAGCUCAAAUACCAAUGCUCCAUCAAAAGUAAAUUCAUCUUUUAAACCACAAUCAUCUCCUCCAAAAGUGAAAGUUUUAGAAUGGGGUCAGGACCUGCAUCAGUUUUCUGCACCUUUUGACAUCAUUCUUGGAGCGGACAUUGUCUAUAUCAAAGAUACAUUUCGGGAAUUGCUUCAAACACUUUUGCAUCUUUCAAACGAGAACACCUUGAUCCUUCUUUCUUGCCGCAUCAGAUACAAGAGAGACAACAAUUUUUUGGAUAUGAUGAAGACAAAGUUUCAAGUUGAACACGUUUUUCAUGACAACGAAAGGGGGAUUGAAAUUUAUUCAGCUAGGAAACUUUGACAUAUGGUCUAAAUCACAAUUCGUCUUGGUGAAUUUUACCAGAACUGAUGAAAUAACAUUGUUUUAUGUAAAUCUGAUCUAUAGGAAGAAAAUAAAACAACAGAUAGUCAGAGAAGAGGGUCAUUUUGAAUUGGGCAAAGAUUAAAUUAUUUUAUUUUUGCAAGGUUAAGAUGAGUCAACUUUGUUGAACUGCCACUUAAAGAAAUCGUCAUAUGUCAUUAAUAUUUACUGCCACUUAAAAUCAUUUCGUCUAAUUUCUACUUUCUUACAUACUGAAAAGUGCAAUGUAUUUCACAUUACAGUUAUUUCUGCAGUCUUUAUUGAUAUAACUUACACAAGUAAGUGAAGAACUUUAACAUUUGAAAACCAUAUCUGAAUGUUUAGAAAGGAAAUAGACCUUCAGGACUCUACUCAAUCACUAAUGUAAACUCAGUAACAAAAUUUGACAGUGGAUUUUUCAAUCGAAGUUUGGUGCUAAUAUAUGUAAACUGAUAUUAAUUGCUAUGAAAAUCAAUAUUUGGGGUUAAUUUAGGCUCUCUUUCACACAAUUGCUGUCAUCUUCAGCCAAAUUUCCUGUUACAAAGCACUGGAUGUUCAUCCAUUCUUUGCAAUUUGCGGAAUAAAUGGUAUUUCAUUUCACUUUGCAUAUUACAUGGAAGAAUUAUCUUGUAUAUUGUACAAAUGAGGAAAAGCAGAAAAGAGAAAUGAAACUAUAAAGAAAAAAAAUGGUGAUAAACAGGUUUAAAGAAUGGGGUUAAUGAAUGGAUAAAAAGACAAAAGUAAUGAAGAUAGGAGAGAAAGGAUGAGAGAUGCUUCUCAAUAUUGAGGGAGUUCACGGAUAAGUAUAAAAUACGCUUGAGAGAUUCUUUAAAAAUUUGAAUGAAUCACAAAGCUAACAAAAACAAUACACAAACUGAAUUAAAAACAUGUUUUAUUACAAACAUCUUGGAUAUUACAAAAAGAAAGGUAUAAAUAUAUGUAUCAAAACUAUACUUCAAUCUUGUAUAAAAAAUAUACAUUGUCACAAUCUGAAUAUUAAAAAUUGGAUCAUAAAAAUGUCAGCCAAUGAACGCUACAUAAAUGUGAAAUUCCCAUCUAUGUUUUUGGUAAUACUGAACUGCUUGAAUGUGAAUAAAAAUACUGUUAGUUAUUUUUAAUAAAUAAUGAUUAUAAC